AAACUAUGGUCUCCCUUGGUGAUUCUCUACCCCAUCUUCCUUCCCCAUAGAAAACUGCUUCAUGCAGCAGAAGCUAGAGGGUCCCAUCACCCUGAACAAGCGAAUGGAGGAAGCCUGUGAACCUGGAGUGGAUUAUGUGUAUAAAACCAGGCUUGUGAGCAGUGAAGAAGUGGGCGGUUCUGACUACUACACCAUGAAAAUUUUGGAAAUCAUUAAAGCAGGGACUGAUGAAAAUCCACAAGGAAAAAACCGGCAGUUCAUCAGCCACAUAAAAUGCAGGGAGUCUCUGAGGCUGGAGCGUAACAAAGACUACUUGAUCUGGGGACUCAGCACCGACUUGUGGCCCAGGAAAGCUGAGCUAUCCUACAUCAUUGGCAAGGACACCUGGAUCGAGAAGUGGCCCAACGAGGACGAAUGCCAGGAGCCGGAUUUCCAGAGCCUCUGCCAGGAAUUCCUUGAGUUCUCUGAAGCCAUGACCAUGUUUGGCUGCCCAACCUAAACUUGGACCCAGCUUUCCCAGCCGCCCCAAGGGGACAGUUUGAGCUGAGAUGGAGAAUAACACUCAAGUGGAGACAUCUCCACUCAGAGUCCCAAUGCUGCUGAGACUCGCCUCUAGCCCUGUCCGCUUUGGGGGUUUCUCUCUCUUUUCUUCUUAUUGUUUCUAUAUAUAUAUAAAAGGCUGAUUUCUUA